AUGUGCUGCAGCUGCGUAGCGCCGGAAGCUCCCAUCACCGCGCCCCCACGGGAAGGAGUGAUGAGCGGCAGCUGGCAGAAGAUCAGCUGUCCAAGUGGCAUGGUUCUCUCCGAACCGCUCACCUUGUGUGGUCGGUACUCGGGUUGCGGUCCUGAGAACUACUCCUGGAGCACCCGCUCUUAUUGCUCCUCCACGUGCGCUACUUCCUAUGGUGACUGCGAUUCUGAAGCAGUGUGCCAGACUUGCAUUCCUACGGGCACCGUCAGCGCCAGCACCACCACCACGACACGGCCAUCCUUUCCCUACGGCGCGUCAGAGACCUGUCCUGACAAGCCCACGACCACCACGACCACGCCCAACCCGUAUGGCACACGGCGAUGGGAGCAAGUGGGCAUCGCGAAUCGCUCCGCGUGCCGGGGUAAGAACGUCAAUGACAACAACCAGAGCUACUACACCGUCCGUGCUGCUCAGAGCUUGGAGGAUUGCCAAGAGCUUUGCAGGGCAGACUUCCCCAGGUGUAAGGGCAUCGAAUACAGCAAGGGACGCUGUGAACUGUGGACGAGGGUGGAUGGAAUCUUCAUCGCGAAGGAGCUGAAUGGCUUCACUUGCAUGCGCUUUGGCUGGCAGACCCGCGCCCUGUUCCGCUUUGGGGGCGAAGCCGCGUGCCGCGGCAAGGGCUCCACCUAUUUGGUGAAGGUCGCCCAUUCCGUGGAGGAGUGCAAGGCUCAAUGUUCAGCGGCGGAUCUUUGCACCGGCAUCGAGUUCAGCAUGGGUCGCUGUGAAAUUUGGCAAUCACCCAUUGAAUUCUACGUCUUCCGGAGCGGCUUUGCCUGCUUCCGCCCCUCGGCGGGCCACCGACCUGGUGACGAGGCUUUUCCCCACCAAGGCUUGAUCAGCUUGGAAUGGGCGGAUCGGAUGAUUUGUGGUGAAGAUAUGACCCGGAAAAUCCUGCGCUCCUUUUCCCGUGAAGUGCUCCGGUAUAUGUGGGUAGAGCUGAAGGAAACGAAGGACUUGGCUGCCAUCACGAUGGUGCAACCUGCACCUCCGGCGUGGUUCGACCGGGCCACGGGCCAAAAGACGUGUGCCAAGGAUGAGCAUGCGCCGAGCACGCCGCUUCCCUCGAACACCUCCACUCCGCGGUGUAGGUCGCAGUUGGGGAGUCGAUUGUCGCUGCGGCUCACUGGCUUUGAGACUCUGUUGGGCCAGCUGAGAGCGCAAUACGUGACGGAGGUCUCGGAGCUUCACGCGCACCUCACAGAGGCUCACGCGCAGAUCACCCGGCUGACGCUGGUAAGAGAUGACAUGGAAGAAGAAAUGGAGAAGAUCCGCUCGGAGAACGAGGACCUGUUGCAAGAUCUCCACCUCAAAGAGGUGCGUCAAAGCAAAUCCUCUCGCGUCUCCCUGGGGGAGCAGCUGAUGACGUGCUCCAUGGAAUCGGUGCCCAGCAGCCAGAAGACCUUCCCCACGCAUGUCAACGCCGCAAUGGCGAAGCGCCAUGAGCAGCUGCCGACGGUGAACGCCGAUCAAGUCCUCGAGGUCAUGGACGACGAGCGCGCCUCGAUCGCUUCCCUUGAAGCGCUCUUUAAAGAGACCGACAUGCGCAAAGGCGUCCUGGCCGCGGACGAAUAUGCCUCUGAGUCGGACUCCGAGAUCGAGAGGCGACUGAAGAGACUGCCGCGGGUGGAGCGAGCGCGGAUCUGGUUUCAGUCGAAUGACUAUGAAAUGUUGAUGGCGCUGAGCUUAUCUCUUUAUGUGGUUUGGAUGGCCUUCGAGCUGCAAUUCUAUGGUGUGAUUUCCGGCUAUGACCUUGGAGUCUACGACUUCCGCGUGCCAGUCGAGGAGAUCCCUUCGUGGGAUUCGGUCUUUCAGGUGGGUGAUGCAUGCUUUACGGCCUUCUACGGCAUGGACGUCAUCGUUCGCAUGUGCCUUCUCAGAAAGGUCUUUUGGCACCAUUGCUUAAACUAUGUGGAUGUAGCUGUGGCCUUGGCGUCCACGGCACAGCUCCUGUUGACCAAUAUGCCCAUCAACCCGGUGCUCUUCCGCUUAUUGCGGCUGGGGAAGCUGGCGCGGGCCAUUCGCAUGCUGCACAUGACCAGCAUUUUUCAGUCGCUUCAGCUCUUGGUGAAGUGUCUGGUGUCCUCGAGCAAUAUGCUUUUCUGGAGUUUCAUCCUCCUCGUGGUGGUUCAGAGCGUGGCCGGGCUGAUGCUGAGCACACUUUGUAUGGAUUUCAUCAUGUCUCCUGACAAGAACCUCGAGCUGCGCGAGGCAGUCUUCCGCUACUAUGGUACCUUUUCGCGAACCUUCCUCACUAUGUUCGAGAUUAUGUUUGCAAAUUGGAGCCCACCUUGCCGCGUUCUGGUGGAGCACAUCAGCGAGUGGUUCUCGGUGUUUUUCCUUUUGUACCGCUGCGUCCUAGGUUUUGCAGUGUUGAACAUCAUCAACGCCGUCUUCGUUCAGCAGACGAUGAAGACGGCGAGCUCGGACGAAGAGCUGGCGUUCAAGCAGAGGGAGAAGGAGAUCGCAGCCUACACGAGGAAAGUGAAGAAGUUGUUCCAGACCAUGGAUGCCAGUGGCAACGGAGCGAUCAACUUGCAAGAGUUCGCCAAACUGGUGCAGUCUCCAAAGUUGAAGUUCUGGAUGGGACAAUUGGAGCUCGAGUAUCACGAUAUGCUGAGCCUCUUUGAAUUUUUAGACAAUGGCGACGGAGAGAUUACCCUGCUGGAGUUCAUCGAUGGCGCCUGCCGCCUACGGGGCCAAGCGAAAGCCCUGGACGUGUGGCGCCUCGAGACCAAGCUCGAGGUGUUGUUGGAGGAAGUCAUCAACCGGUUGGCCCUGAACAAUGCUGGUAUCUCCAGCUGGUCCCUGGUGGGCCCAGAGCACAACGUCAAGUCCACCACCGUGCAACAGAUCUUCAACGCCUCGAGCUAUAGUCAUAUCAAGAGUAACCACAUCGUCCGGCAGGUCUCGUAA